AUUUCGAGGCAACUUUCACAAUGCUAGAGGGAAGAAUACGAAGCUGUAAUGGUGGAAGUGCAAAGACGUGAAUAGUUCAAUACGACCGUUAAAAUUAAAUUUAUGCGACAGUUUCUUAUUCCCCCUUAUAUUUGCGUUUCGUUUUAUUGAGAAUAUUUCAAAUAAACCAUGACGCGAAUUAGUGAAAAAAAAUGAUGAUAUAUUAUAUAUAUUUAACGGGUUUCCUUGUCAAGAGCACUGCCAUAAUUUAAGUUAAAAUACAUUAUGUCGUAUCCUGGACAACCUCCCAUGGGGAUACCAGGCAUGCCUCCUAUGCCAUAUAUGGUUGGUGCACCACCACCAAUUAUUGGUGGAGUAAUGCCUAUGGCCCAUAUGAUUCCAACACCCGUAUCUGCGAUGCAGACCUCAGCACCAGCCGUACGUUAUGCACGCAAUCAAAACCGACACGAUAACAAUCGCCGUCGUGAGAGGGAAUCUGGACCACCAGUUACUGUCUUUAUUGGGAAUAUAAUGGACAGAGCACCCGAUGUUAUGAUACGACAAAUAUUGGGCGCAUGUGGCCAUGUUCUUUCAUGGAAAAGGGUACAAGCUUUUGGAUUUUGUGAAUAUGCUGGUCCUGAUGCAGGAUUAAGAGCAGUAAGAUUGUUACAUGAUAUGACAAUAGGCACAAAAAAACUUGUCGUUAAAGUGGAUGCUAAAGCUAAAGUGGUACUUGAUCAAUUUAAAGCAGAGAGACGGAAGAAACUUAGAGGAGGUCAAUCCCCAUUACAAGAUGAAACACCUACUGAAGGUACAGAGGGAGAGGAAGGCGAGGAUUACAUGGACGAAGGAAUGAGAGUUGUAGAUGCUGAUGCAUUAACACGUAUUAAUCAAAUAAUUACGGAGCAUGCCACUGAUUUAGAAAUGGCGCAAGUUGCCCCAGAGGAGCAUCAAACUAAAAUGGUCGCCAAGUCCUUAAAUUUGGAUGAUGCCGAGAUCGAAGAAAGUAAGAGAGACUUGAUAACUCGCGAAAUUGGAAAAUUCCGGGAAGUUAUGAAGAAGCAGGAAGAGGAGAAGGCCCAAGUUAAAAGGAAAAAAGAAGCCGUAGAAAAGGAGGAACGAGAGAAACGUGAAAAAGAACGUAGAGAUAGGAGAGACGACGAUGGAGCUAGCAAGGAUGAUCAAGAAGGCGAACCUGGUAGUAGUCCUAUAUCUCAUAAAGGACGAAGUAGUAGUACAGGUAGCAGUAGAAGGGAUAAACGUCGUUCUAAGUCGAGGUCUAAAGAACGUGAAAGGGAUCGACAAAGGAACGAAAGAGAUAGGGACAGAGAUAGGGAUCGCGAAAGAGACCGUGAAAGGGAUCGUGAGAGGGAUCGCGAUCGUGAAAGAGAAAGAGAGAGAGAAAGGGAAAGAGAUAGGGAAAGGGAAAGAGACAGGGAAAGAGAAAGAGAAAGGGAAAGGGAAGAAGCAAGAAAAACUGAAAGAGAAAUAAUGAGAGAAAGGGAGGAAGAGGAGGAAGCUAAGGAAAGGAAGAAAAAUGAAAGGAGAGCUCGUGAAAAAGAAGCAGCUUAUCAGGAACGUUUGAGAGCAUGGGAGACACGAGAACGUCGUAAACAAAAGGAAUACGAAAAGGAAGCUGAGAAACGUCGGGGUAAGAAAGAUGCGAGAGAACGCGAGGCCAAACGAUUAAAGGAAUUCUUAGAGGAUUAUGACGAUGAUCGUGACGAUGCCAAAUAUUACAAAGGGAAAGAAUUGUCACGACGUUUGGAGGAACGUGCUUUGGAAGCAGAAGCUGAUUCUAAAGAUCGGUGCGCCGAGAGACAGGAAUUGCAACGACUUCGUGAUAAACUUUAUGCUGACGCUUCGCAUCCUGAUCCUGCUGCUGAAUUUGAAAGGCUUAAAGCGGAGAGAGAGGAACAAUAUAAACCUAAACCAGUGAUAACAAUAAUUGACGAGGAAGACGAGAAGGUUGUGAAAAAAGAGAAGGAAGUAAUGCCGCCCAUUGAAACCGAGCCAAUUGAAAGCGAUAGCGACGAUGGUGUCCAAUUCGAUGAUGCUUCUCAACCAGAAAUACCUUCGAGAACUCCACCUCGUCAUCAUCAUCAUCAUCGUCGACAUCAUCGCCACCAUCAGAAUCAUCAUCGCGACGGAGAAGAAAAUGAAGAAAUUAUUGUUGAACCUGAUCAAGAGAGUCAAAAAGAUAUUAGGGCAUCACCCAUGCAUCAAUCGGUUGGAACACCUGCUCAAUCAAUUCCACCAUCGUUGGACGAGGACUCGCGUAUGUCCCUUGUCAGUGAGCCGGAAAAAACAAGCGGCAGUAAUUUUGUUCCUUUCGCUAUGGGAAGUGGUGGCACUCGAGGAGAACAUAAUGUUGGUAAUAAAACACCAGCUAGUCCUGGUACAACAGUAAUUACAAAUACUCAACAGACUAAUCAAACUAGGAAAAAAGGACGCAUAGAUGUGAAGGAUGUUUUUAAUAAUGACGAUGAUGACGAUGGUACUAAUAAUGCAAAGAAACGGAAAUUAGUUCCUUUAGAUUAUGGCGAUGAGAAAAAGAAGAAGGCAAACGAGGAGACUACUCCAAAGCCUGGCAAAGAAGAAAAUACAAAGAGCCAAGAAGAAAAACGAAAACACAUUAAAUCUCUUAUCGAUAAAAUUCCUACUGAUAAGAAUGCCCUAUUUGGAUAUCAACUUGAUUGGGCGGUUAUAGAUAAUACAUUAAUGGAAAAAAGAAUAAGACCGUGGAUUAAUAAAAAAAUCAUUGAAUACAUUGGAGAACCGGAACCCACGUUGGUUGAUUUUAUAUGCAGCAAAGUUAUGGCUGGUAGUUCUCCGCAAGGUAUACUCGACGACGUACAAAUGGUAUUAGACGAAGAAGCGGAAGUGUUUGUAGUUAAAAUGUGGAGGUUAUUAAUUUACGAAGUGGAAGCGAAAAAGAUGGGUUUAGUUAAAUAAAUGUAACAUCUACAACAUUAAUCGAUUUACAAUUUAUACUAUACAUAAAAAAGAAAAGAAAAAGAAACAAAGAAAGAAAGAAAGAAAGAAAGAAAAAAAAAUAAUGAGAACUUUGGUUACAGUAUAAUCCGUAGGCCGCGAAUCCUAUCAAUGCACUUUUAUAAGAAA